AUGACUACAUCCUCGGAAGAUGUGCUGAUGCAAGUGAAUGAGGUCCGUCACAAAAAAGGCGAUGGUAUUCUUUACGUAAUGAAUGAACGUAUCGCAUGGAUGGUCCACAAAAAAGACACUGUGUCUGUGAGUCAUAAAUACGCUGAUAUUAAGAUGCAGAAAAUAUCACCUGACGGAAAAUCAAAAAUACAACUUCAAGUUGUUUUACAUGAUGGCUCAUCAUCUACAUUUCACUUUGUCAAUAAAAAUGGGCCAGCUGCACAAAUAAAAGACCGUGAUGAUGUCAAAGAACUGUUACAACAGUUAUUACCAAAAUUUAAAAAGAAAGUCAAUAAAGAGCUUGAAGAAAAAAAUAGAUUAUUACAGGAGAAUCCAACAUUAUUGCAAUUAUACCGUGAUUUGGUAAUAACACAAGUAAUAACGUCUGAAGAAUUUUGGAGCCAACAUGCAGUCGAGUAUACUCAGGCAAAUAAAAGCCAACGCCAGGAUAUUGGAGUUAAUAGUGCCUUCCUUGCUGAUAUAAAACCUCAAACUGACGGUUGCAAUGGUUUAAAAUACAACCUGACAAAAGACAUAAUAGAGAGUAUAUUCAAAACUUAUCCCGCGGUGAAACGAAAGCACCAGGAGAACGUGCCUCACAAAAUGUCAGAGUCGGAUUUUUGGACAAAGUUUUUCCAGUCUCACUAUUUUCAUCGCGACCGGAUAAACGCAGGUAACAAGGAUCUGUUUACCGAGUGCGCUAAAAUAGACGACCAGGAGCUGAAAAAAGACAUACAGACCGGCAUAAGCGACCCGCUGCUGGACAUAACGUCUUUCGAGGACAAAACGACUGACGAGAACUACGAUAGCGGUUUUAGCAAAAGCGACAAAUCCUCCGGGAACAUUGUUCAUCAGAGCAUGAUCAAGAGAUUCAAUCAGCACAGUAUAAUGGUAAUGAAAGCUAACACUGCCAGACAGUCUGCUCAAGCCCCGCCUCAAGUUAAUGGCUCAGCGUCUACAACAGAAGCCGCCCUAGGAACGCCGUUAAAUUUAACCCACGUAGAUAGGUAUUUGCACGGACCGAUUGCUGGUAGCUGUAGUAAUGAAACGACAGAUGAUCUUCAUACUACGUUAAGUCUAUUGAAACGUGAGGCUGCCAACUGGGUCAAUGGGAACACAUUAUCUAGACAGCCAGCUACGUCAUUAAUCAGUCCAGCCGCUUCGGUGUAUGCCCUCGGGGAAUUAACGCCCGGUGGGGCUUUGAUGAAAGGUUUUCGCGAGGAUAAUGUCGGCCAGCUGAUACCACCGGAGUUGGAGAAAGAAUUACGCAAUGUCUAUGUCUCGCUUUGCGAGUUAUUGAAACAUUUUUGGCGCAGUUUCCCUCCUACUACCCCACAAUUGGAGGAAAAAGUCGUAAGGAUGCACGAGACGUUACGAAGGUUCCAUAAUUCAAAGCUUACGCCUUUUGAGGAUCGUAUACAAGUAGAGUUUUCAGCAGUAAGUCAACAUUUAACAAGUCAUUUAAAGUUAUUAUUAUCAACUGCGUACAAUAAAUUUGAUCAUUGGCAUCGAAGGAAAAUACAGAUGAGGUAG